UCUGAAACAUCCAAUGACUUGGGAGCUGCAGUGUCCCAGCUGUCCAGUAGGGAAGUCUGCAAAAGGCCCACAUCAUUGGAUGCUCACAGGUAGCGAGCCUACAAAAGCAAGGGCUGCACAAACAAGCGGACGUGGCCCCCGCUUCCGUGGACCCCGAACUUUCCAAAGAGCACGGCAUGAGCAGUCCCCAGUGUCAAUCCAGUCACUGAUGUCUUGAAGAAGCGGCCGUUUCAUUCCAAAAAAAUUCGAAGCGAACCCUCACUUCUAUUGCAUCAUCAUCUGUCUCUUCUGCUGGUGGCCUGUAGCUGCUGCUGGGAGUGUCGUCCUUGCCACCCAUCACACCCAAUAGCACACCUGUAAUCCCCUACAACAGCAUUUGGUGGUACGGUAUCAUCAGCAACGAACAAUAAUGAGCGAAAACAACUUUAUUGAACAAGGCGUCGGGUUGGUCCAAAAGGCCAUUGAAGCCGACAAUGCGGCCAAGGAACCCGAUGAGUACGAAGCGGCUCUGAAUUUGUACAAGGAUGCCCUGCAACGGUUGACGCUCGGCCUAAAGUACGAAAAGAAUGAAGCCCGCAAAAAGCUACUCAUGGAACGCGUGGGAGGCUACAUGAAACGGGCCGAAGAACUCAAAGACCAUAUUGAUAAGGAAAGCGGCGCCAAUCAAAAUGACAGCGAAAGCAGCAAUCCGCAAUCGGGUGGAUCACCGAGCAAAGAAGGAGGAGAAGGAGAACGAAAAGAAUUGGAUGCGGAAACCCAAAAACUACGAGGGGCAUUGGCGGGGGCCGUGGUGGCCGAAAAGCCCAAUGUCCGAUGGGACGAUAUCGCAGGCUUGGAGGGAGCCAAAGAGUCUCUGAAAGAGACUGUGAUUCUACCAGUCAUGUUCCCACAGCUGUUUGUUGGAGAAAGGAAACCAUUCAAAGGAAUUCUACUGUUUGGACCGCCAGGAACAGGCAAAUCCUUUCUGGCCAAGGCUGUGGCAACCGAGAGUAACAGUACCUUCUUUAGCGUCAGCAGUGCCGAUCUGAUUAGCAAAUGGCAAGGAGAAUCCGAAAAGCUAGUUCGAAAUCUAUUUGAAAUGGCAAGGGAAAGUGAAGGUAGUCGGGCCAUUAUCUUUAUUGAUGAAGUAGACUCUCUGUGUGGCACCCGUUCCGAAGGAGAAGCCGACUCCUCCAGGCGUGUCAAGACUGAGUUCCUGGUCCAAAUGGACGGAGUCGGAAAGGCCGAAGGAUCCGUCUUGAUACUCGGGGCGUCCAACGUACCCUGGGAUUUGGAUGCGGCCAUUCGAAGACGUUUCGAAAAGAGAGUGUACAUUUCCUUGCCAGGACCCAGCGCCAGAACGUACAUGUUCAAAAUGAAUACCGGUGAUACACCCAACAAUUUGACAGAUGCUGACUUUGACAAACUGGGGAAAAUGUCGGAAGGAGCCAGUGGCAGUGAUAUUGAAGUUAUUGUCAAGGAAGCACUCAUGGAGCCCCUCCGACGUUGUCAGCAAGCAAAACAGUUUUUCCAGGAUGAAAACGACAAGUAUUGGCCUUGUGAAAAGUACCCCAACUGUUACCUCUGUACACCCAAACUGACCACCGACCCACCCGACACGGACUAUGAUUGCCAAUAUUGCGGUGCCAAGCGCAUGACACUCUGGGAUGUACCACCGGAGAAGUUGGAUGCUCCACCGGUUCGCUCCAGUGACUUUGAAAAUGUCAUGAAACAUGCCUUUAGCACCGUGUCCGAAGAGGAGCUCAAUCGCUACAAGGAGUGGACUGCUAUGUUUGGACAAGAGGGGGCAUAGUGACACAUUAUUACUACAUGGGCACGCACACAAUACAAUCCACAACCGAUCCAUCGUUUUCUCACUUUGUACACGCAUGUUGCCUCUUCCAUGGCUCAAGCACUCUAGUUUUAAAACCUCAUGCUUUUAUAAUAAUUCCGCAGUCAUGUACAGUGC